ACCAUGCAAUAAUUUUUCUGUAAUGGGUAGAAGACCAAUUAAAUUUCUAUUUACUUUUGUUGAUAUAUGAAGCUGUAAUAUGCACAUUUAUGUAAUAUAAAUUAAAUAGUGUUAGCGUCAUUAAUCGUACCUUUGCCAAAUAAUGUUUAACUACGUAACAAUACCACCUCGAGUCUAAAAAUUAUUGGCCCUGCGAAUCUACUUGUGCAAAAUGGAAAUUUUAGAAAGAAUUUACCAUAACUUAAGAAGUCAAUUUAACACAUUACCGGCAACCGUCAAUAAAACAGUGGAUACAGUUAAUAAAUCCAUAAACCAAGUGAAAAUACCACCAUUAACAAGAGAUAAUGUGCUGUAUUACUAUUUGCCUAUACAAGGGCUUGUAAGUUACACAACUUUGUCGGUGGGUGUGAUGAACCCCCAUUUGAUGAUCAGACUAUUUCCUCAUCGGGACAUAACAGACGUGUUAUUUCUCUCAGCUGGAGGUGGUGCUGGCUUGUGGUUGUGGGCAAGACCACACCUAGCGGCUGCAGCUCCUGCAAGACGAUUUUCAUGGGCGUUCCUAGGAGGCUGCCUAUGGCCCCUUGGUUCUAUAUUUCUUUGGGCAAUAUUAAGAAGCUCAAUUGGUCAAAGACCUGUUCUAGGUACAAUCCUUGGUGUUUCCACUGGUGUAAUGCUUACAAAUAUUGCUUUAGAUUAUUUUAACUAUGUUGAAAUGAUGUUCUGUGGAGAAGUCCGCUUACCGGAUGACGCAUACAGCCCAAACAGUGAUGAUGAGAAGUAUGAUAUUGAUAUAUAAGCAUAUUCCAAAAUAAAGCUUACUAACCACUUUUUCACAGUAAAAUUCACAAAAUUUUCACUAUCCUUAGUGGCAGAAAUAUUUACCACUUAUUAUUAUUGAUGGUGUACAAAAAUUACAUAGCAUGUAGGUAAAAUUGUUGUAUCAACUUGACUUUUACUUUUUACAAAGUGACUAUGUGUGAUUGUGAUAUUUAAGUAUGUACUGAUAUUUAUAUUUGUGUGACAACUGCUUAAAUUAAAUUAUUUCCCUGUA